CAGUUUAUUGUGUGACGGGUUAUCAGUUUAGUGUCCGACGGUUAUCUCAUGGCUGAUGCCGUUCUCUUCUCAUUCUCUCUAAACAAGGAAUCAACGUUGGCAUUGUUGUGUCUGCCGCGGGGAGCUAGUAAGUGACGUAAUGUGUCACAUGACUGCUGCCACUCAGCGAGGUGAUAUGACUUUAUACAUCACAACGGUACGGUUAUGACACAGGUAGGAAUGUAUCAGCUGCCACCUUGUGUUGGACCCGACAUAUCCCUCAACUCCAGCCAUGCAGCUACUGUACGAAGUGUGGGCGGAUGUACUAUAGUGUCUGAUGUUCGACCAGCGGUGUGACAAGGCGGAGACCGAGCUGUCGGGGUGAUAGUCAACGGAAGGGAUUCCCGGACCCGCGGAUCACCACGGAUCUCUUCAGACGUUAUGACGUUAGACUUUGGCAGUGGAAGGCGGUGAGAAACCUCAGCUGAACACCAUCGCAAACAGACGAUGAUGAAUGGACAGAGGAAAACGCCGCGACGUCAAGGGGGUGGCAUGUUGACGUCAUUUCAGAAUGGUAUUAGUGCUGACAUUAACUCUGUGAAGAAGAAACUGAAUCCACAUAUGCCAGAGCCAGAGCAAAUGUGGAAACUGCAGAGAGUGACUGACAAACGUGUGAAAAAUCGAGUUUCAGAAGGACUGUCCCCCGAGGGAAAGAUUGCGAUGGAGCAGGCCAAGGCAGAGGUCGAACUCCCGAGGAGAGGCGAACUCAGCCAUCACAACGAUAGUGACACAACUGAUAGCCAAAGUAGCAAUCAGAAGAAACGCGGGAAAGUUAAAAAGCAGAUAAGUUUUGUCGACGCAUAUGAAAGUUCGUCUGUCUCGAGACUCUCCGGGGACCUUCUGGACGAGAGUUCCUGUGACAGGAAUCAAAGACGUCGUGCUCUCGGCGGAGGCAAUGUUUGUGUCGCCAUGGAAACCGUAGAGAUUGUCAGCUACGGGGAAACACCAAUCGAUUCGGAAGCAGACGAUAUUGCAAUUGAGGAAACGGCAAAACUAAAUUCAGUGGAGAAAUGUCUUGUUUGGAUGGGAGUCCAUGGCCAAGAUGCAUGCAAAAGCAUCAAGUCCCAUGAAGGAUCAGUUCCGAGGAUGUCAGGCAAUAGGCAGUCAUGAGACAUUCAACCUG